AUGGCCAUUAACCCUGAAGAUUCUCGAUUUCAUCGUUACCUAUGUGGAACUGCUCGGCCUGCUUGGAAGAAACUAUCCCCGUCCAAAUGCGUUGGUAUUUAUCUAUUAAAUCGAGACUACUGGUCUAACUAUGAAACUAGAAAUUCCGUUUCGUCAUUGGAGUCCUCAAAACCCGACUUUAGACCAGAGCACAAUGGAAUCAUCGAAGGAGUCGCUCGAUUUUCCCCUUGGAUGAUGCAAUUUCAGGGUAAACUCUACGCCGAAAUUAGUGCUCGAUAUCGAACAUCCCCGAUUGAUUUAAGCGAAUUCGAUAAUAUAAAGGAUGAAGUUAUUUUCUCACAACAAGAACUGCUAUGCCCCGAUUUUGUACAAUGUGAUUAUACUUGUUUUAAAUACCCUCCAGAUGAUUUGAAUGAAUACAGCAAAAAGUUUAUACAACUUUAUGAGAAACUCGGAAGCGCUUGUGCGUCAAAAUUUCCCGAUUCUACGGAAUACCACGAAAAACCUUGCAUAGUCUACAAUUUUCCUUUUAGAUUUGAUAUUAACAGCGGCCCUGAUUCAAUUACGAUCAAAUCAAUUAAAGCAAAGCCUACUAAUGGACACGCGGCGUCUAAAACCAGACAGGAGCUAUACAAUGAUGCAUUAUUCGGUUUCCAAGAGAACGACGAAUUCAGUGAUUAUGAAUUUUUCAGUGAUUCCGAUGAUGAUGAUGAUGAUUGUAAUCUACCAAGAAUCCGACAUCCUGGUGAGCCUAUUAAAAAGCCUAAAGUACUUCGAAAACUCGAUAUCAAGAGACAGGCGAUAAAGGAUGGCUUCCAUGCCGAUUCAUAUCCAUGGCGGCCUCGAAUAAAACCUCGUCCCAAAGCCGGUAUUUACUGGACAGUUCGAGUAUUCGCUUUGAAUAAAGAUGAGGUGAAACCCGACGCGAAAAACAUAGCUGAGAUGAAGAUUAGAAAAAUGACUUAUGUCCCAAUAGAUACGGUGAUGCGGUUGCAAUUACCACCACAAAUCAGUACUGAUUAUUCAUUAGUAGUUGAGCCUUGGAGAAGCUCUGAUGGAGGAGUUAUCACCUUAAUUGCUCAAUUAGACAAGGUUUCCUACCGAAUGGGUGAACCCAUUAAAGUGAAUAUGAAGAUUCAUAAUAGCUCCUGUAGAGUAAUUCAGCAAGUACGCAUAGAGUUAGUUCAAUCUAUUCGUCUGAGACAUGCUCCUGAUAAGGAAUGGAGAAAUACAAUAUGUCGGAAGGAAGUAACAGCUGAAAGGGACGAUAAUGAAAUGCCUAUUCUUCCGGCUACAGAAAAACUUAGACUGCAAUGUCAGCUUUGCCCGUGGAAAUCUAUAAGUGAAUUGGAUAAAGACAAAUUUCCGGAAUAUUCGGAACAGGAACUGCUUUAUAGCAUCCAGCAACCACCCAGAUAUGAGAUGAUUCCUCAAAGAAGACCAGCAUUUUCAACUCUAAGUGAAGCAAUUGGACAUACGAUUACUUCACAAGACAUAAAAAAGCUACUCCCUCCAACUAUCAUAGAGAGGGAUGAAAAUUCGUAUGAUAACUGCCGAUGUAAUGAGAAAAAAACUGUUCGCCAGAAAGAACCAAUAUUGGUGAGUUAUGAGGUCGUCUUGAAGGCAAUAUUAAGGCCUCAAAAUCUUCAAGACCCACUAGCCCAAGACACCAUUUUGAAGGAAUUGAAUUUGCCAAGUGGACUAAUGAAUCUUCCAAAAGGAGAAAUUGUUGGAACAAAGGGACCUUGCGUGACUCUUCCAGUUAUAUUCAACGCAAUUGAGCCAGAAAAAGAGGCGUCAAUUCCAUUAGCAAACUUCAAUAUUGACCCAAAGGAGGAAAUGCCAAAGACGACAAAACCAUGGGAACCGAAUGACGGAAAAGGUUUCUUGAUAGUGAAAGAAGAGAGUAAAGAACCUCAAACUACAACUUCUAAUAAGACGAAAUCCAAGUGA